AUGAGUGCUCCCCCUCGGGCAGAUCGUGGUGGACGCAGCGUCCUCAUGUCCCGGUUCUCUGAACUCCACAGCACCAGCGGUGCCUAUGUUACCAUUCUUUUCAAGCAGCUCUCCAAAGGUGUGGCUGGAGCCGUCAUCAUUGCGUCGGAGUGGAGUUGCCGCGGCAGCCCCGACGGGGUGCAAGAGGAAAGUGAUGGCGGCGGCGGUGGUGCCGCCGAAGGAGAUGGACUUGCUGACGGCGCAGACCGGGGAUUGGAUGGCGACCCAGAGGGGGUGUGGAGUCCAGAUAUUGAACAGAGCUUUCAGGAAGCUCUGGCCAUCUACCCUCCCUGUGGCAGGAGGAAGAUCAUUCUGUCCGAUGAGGGCAAGAUGUACGGUCGGAAUGAGCUGAUAGCUCGUUAUAUUAAGUUACGGACAGGAAAGACACGCACACGCAAACAGGUGUCUAGUCACAUUCAGGUUCUGGCUCGCAAGAGGGUGCGAGAAUACCAGGCGAGCAUCAAGGUCUCUAGUCACCUGCAGGUCUUGGCCAAGCGCAAGUCUCGUGAGAUUCAGUCUAAGCUGAAGGACCAGGUUUCCAAAGACAAAGCACUGCAGACCGUGGCCAACCUUUCAUCAGCUCAGAUCGUGUCUGCAAGUGUGAUGAAGAACCAGGCUUCUUUCCCUCCACCAGUUAGGUUUUGGCCUGGUCAUGUGACAGGACAACCUGGGCAUUCUCAGGACAUCAAGCCCUUUGCACAGCCGCCAUACACAACACUAGAAGCUCCUGUCCCUGCACCCAUCAGCUAUGAGCCCCUGCCCCCUCCUCGCCCGACAGCUAUAGCGAUCCCCGUGUGGCAGGACAGAACCAUCGCGUCAGCAAAACUACGGCUUCUGGAGUACUCUGCUUUUAUGGAGACCCAGAAAGACAGAGAGAUGUAUAAGCACCUAUUUGUCCACAUUGGUCCGUCAAACCCCGGCUACAGCGACCCUGUACUGGAGUCAAUAGACGUCCGGCAGAUUUACGAUAAGUUCUCCGAGAAGAAAGGAGGCCUAAAGGAGCUGUAUGAGAAAGGACCUCACAAUGCUUUCUUUCUUGUCAAGUUCUGGGCGGAUCUGAACAGUGAUCUGGAGGAAGGUUCCAAUGCCUUCUACGGCGUCAGUAGCCAGUACAGUGGAACGGAGAACAUCACCAUCAGCGUCUCAACCAAGGUCUGCUCCUUUGGAAAACAGGUGGUAGAGAAGGUCGAGACCGAGUACGCACAUUUGGAGGGGGGGAAGUACGUGUUCCGCAUCCAUCGCUCACCCAUGUGCGAAUACAUGAUCAACUUCAUCCACAAACUCAAACAUCUACCAGAGAAAUAUAUGAUGAACAGCGUUCUGGAGAACUUCACCAUACUACAGGUUGUGUCCAACAGAGAAACUCAGGAGACUCUGUUGUGCAUCGCUUUUGUGUUUGAAGUAUCGACCAGCGAACACGGCGCGCAAUACCACGUUUAUCGUCUGGUUAAUGACUAGCGCAAUGUACUACAUGCAAAGACUGUCAACCUCUUUCCGGUUCACACGCGUGGCACACUAAUGUAUGUAUCACUAUCACCAUCAUCUACACCAGGGGUGGGCAAACUACGGCGCGGGGGCCACAUCCGGUCCGCCAAGUGUUUGAAUACGGCCCGCCCAAUCUUUCCAAAGUAUUUCAUUUAAACUCAACAUACAAGCUGGCAUCAUGGCCUGAGCCAACCUUUUGAUGGUUGUAUCAAUUUCGUUUUUUGACAUGGUCUGUUGUUUACAAAGUGCUCCUGAAAAAAGGGACACAAGCACAUAAUAAUAAUAAUAAUAAUUAUUAUUAUUAGAUUAUUAUAAUUAUUAUUAGAACUAUUAUGACUAUUAUAAUUAUUAUAUUAAUGCUAAUUAUUAUAUUAAUUAUAUAUAAUAUUAUUGUUAUAUUUGCAUAUUUUACAUAAUAAUAUAAUAAUUAUAUUUUAAUUUUAUUGUAAUUAUUAUAAUAACCUGGCAUCAUGGCCUGAGCCAACCUUUUGAUGGUUGUAUCAAUUUCGUUUUUUGACAUGGUCUGUUGUUUACAAAGUGCUCCUGAAAAAAGGGACACAAGCACAUAAUAAUAAUAAUUAUUAUUAUUAUAUUAUUAGAUGAUUAUAAUUAUUAUUAAAACUAUUAUGAUUAUUAUAAUUAUUAUAUUAAUGCUAAUUAUUAUAUUAAUUAUAUAUAAUAUUAUUGUUAUAUUUGCAUAUUUUACAUAAUAAUAAUAUAAUAAUAAUUAUUUUAAUUUUAUUGUAAUUAUUAUAAUAUUUUAUUAUUUUUUAAAUAUUUAAAUAUAAAUAUAAAAUAAUAAAUAAUAGCAGAUUGCAUGACAAUUUUACAGAUACAAUAAUACCAGGUGGACUGUUACGUCCAUAUAUAUUUGUUAUAUAUAUAUAUAUAUAUAUAACAAAUAUAUAGUCUGCCCCCCCCCCCCCCCCCGUAAAUUUUGUCAUAUCAAUGCGGCCCGCGAGUCAAAAAGUUUGCCCACCCCUGGUCUACACUCACCAACAUGGUGUCCCACAAAUGUAAACACUAAAGUCAAGCUAUUUUUUUAAACAAAUCUGUAGAUAAUGUUUUGCGGUUUCACCAGUUUUAACUUUGAAUUCACAGAUAAAUAACCUGCCUCAAAGUGCUUAAAAAAACCUGAAACCUGUUUAAAACUCAAUAUUAGAGUUAUGCAUCAGAAUUGGCUCUCAUCAAGAAAAUCCAUAAUUAAUAUAAUAUAAUAUAAUAUCUGUUGGCGUGAUCUGUAAGUUUGAAAAUAGCUUGGCUGGAAAAGCAUCUUAUAUCAGUGUUAUUGUCACUACCGCGAUGACUUUGUCUUUCCAGUCACAAGGUGCAGGUGGACCUUCACAGCAAUGGUGUCGACAUGGGAAUUAAUCCUUGAUGGCAGGUUUGAAAAUGAUUAAAAAAAAAAUCUCUAGCCAAAAGUGAAUAUAUACGCAAUUCCCUUUUGCCUUUGCUGCAGUAUUUCUACCUCCGUGUGAGUUGAGAUUCAAAUGUGCUUUCAUAAAGCCCUGACUUGAGGAGCACUGACAAAUAGGAAGUGUACACUACAUUUUAAUGGUACUGUUUAUAAGCCAAAAUUAGUUAAAGGGGAUCUAUUAUGCUCGAUUUUCCACUCUUUGUGUAUUGAGUUGUGGACUCCUAUAGAGCAGCGACUCGCAAUAACCCGCAUAGAAAACUUUCUACAUCUGUACAGUAAACCUCGGAUAUAUCGGAUUCAAUUGUUCCCACUGGUUUUGUCCGAUAUAAGCGAAAUCCGUUAUAUGCGUAUAGCGGAAAAUGUCCGUUUUACGCAUAUAUCGGAUUUAUAUCCGGUAUAUGCGUAAAUCAGAUUUUAUUCGUUAUAAAAAGGCACUUCCUUGACUAUGUUUCCAAUGUACCUGGACGCGCAGGCAACGCUGCAAACGACGUCGUAUAGCGGCCUGUCACGAUUCGGCGAAUCGGAGCGCCACGAUGCGGCCAUCCGAUAUAUGCGAGGGAAAUUUCAUGGAAAUGCAUUGGAACGGGACUGGAGAUUUUGUCCGAAAUAGGCGAAAUCCGUUAUAAAAAAAUCCGAUAUAUGCAAUGAAUUUUUAUUGGAAAUGCAUUACGGAAAAAUCGGUUCUUUUUUAUCUGUCCGUUGUGAGCGAAUUUCCGAUAGAUCCGAGUCCGAUAUAUCCGAGGUUUACUGUAUUUCCUUUUGAUUUCCUGACAAAACAGUCACACGCCCCAAAAAUGCGUCCUAACGAUGAACCAUAUAAGGAAUUCCACCCCUCUGUGACAUCACAAAGGGGGCAGUUUUACCACGCCCUUUGAAACCGAGCGUUUUGAGCCACCCUAAUUUUCUGUCAGAGCUCACUUCCAAAUACGCAAACAUAAUUAUUUGAAACUUUAACACCGGAAUACAACGUUCUAAAAGUGGAAAAUGCAUAAUAGGUCCCCUUUUUUUAAAAAAAUAUACUGCUUUUUUUUGUAAAACUGAAUGAUCUUUUUACUAGCACAGUUAGAGUAAUACUCUAAACGUUUUGGGUUUUGUUUUUUAAUGUUUGCCAGUCAUUGCAACAUUCCCCCUCAGUGAACUGGGGUGAAGUCCUAUGAAGUGACACUUGCCUUGCUUUUUUUUUUUUGUUUGUUUUGCUUUGUUGAAAUGUCUCUGGCAUGUCUUGGUACACACUUAACCAUUUAUUUAGCAAGCGACGUUAUUUGACUAUCAUACAUCUUCUUGUAGCAGGAUAAUCAAUCAUGGGUCUGGUGAGGAGCGGCUUUUUGCUUGUGCGUCAUUAAAGUUUGAGCGGACAGGUUGGUAAACUUUGGUAAAUACGCACAUUUACUGCGUGGUUAGCCGUUGUCGUAUUCACUUUGUCUGUGAACUCACAUCUGCUCGGUCAAUUUUAAAUGUGCCUUUUUAAGCUAUGGCUAUGCCAAUAAAAUCACCCAUGGUGUUUGCCGAACCCAACAGUUAUUUCGUCUAAUUCUUGGUAGACAAACCAUGAAUUAAUUUUUGCUUGUGUGUGCAGGGAAUAGAGGUAUGGAGGACCAAAACUGCCAAAAUAAUAAAUAAAUAAAUAAAAGUGAAAAUAAAAACAAAAAUAAAAUAAAAAAAUUAAAUACCAAAAAAUUAAUAUAAAUGGAAAUAAAAACAAAAAUAAAAAAAUAUAUACACAAAUAAAUAAAUAAAAGCAAAAAUAAAUACAAAAAUAAAGAUUCAAAAAUUAAAAAUAAAUACAAAAAUAAAUGUAGAAAUAAAUACAAAAAUAAAUAUAUAAAUAGAAUUACAUA